CAAGAACGCGGUUACCUAGCGUUUACUUAAAUUUCAGGAAACUAAUUCAUAAGGGGACGAAAACCUUUAAAAUUUGUUGAUCCAAAGAUGUUAGGCUGGGCAAUAGCUUUGCCAGUAAUUGGAACCUAUGUUGUAACUUCCAUAGUCCUUUUAAACUUUCCUUGGCUCGUUCAUAAGAAGAAACAGAGCAAGUUCCGUUGUCGUCACAUAAGUCAUAGAGGAGGAGCUGCCGAAAAUUUAGAAAAUACGAUGACAGCAUAUCAUCAUGCUUUGAAAAUGGGAACAGAAAUGCUUGAAUUAGAUGUUCGCCUGACAGCAGAUAAACAGGUUGUUGUGUGCCAUGAUGAUGAACUUUCCCGUGUGACAAAUACAGACUUGAAAAUUUGUGACUUGAAUUUCACGGAUUUACCUCCACUUAGCAGAACACUUCCUGUACAAUUUCAACCAGGUGUGUCAUGUGUUAUGAAAAAUAAUGAUUGUCACAUUCCACUGCUGGAUAGUGUUUUUGAAGCAUUUCCUAAUGUUCCAAUAAAUGUGGAUAUCAAAACCAACUCUGAUCUACUGAUAGACAAGUCCAAUCAGGAUCCAGAAAUUCCCAUCAUGUUUUCAAUGAAGCGUUGUGCCACAUUGGUCUUUUUGUUUUAUUCUGGACUACUGCCAUUUAUUCCUAUCAAGGAAUCUUUCCUAGAGAUCAUGUUACCUCUCACAAUGAUCAGACGUUUUGAAGUACCUCGCACUAUGAAGAUCCUGUGUCAUAUAGUUGACUGGUUUUUAAUCAGCCCAAUCCUUUUUAAACAUUUGGAUAAGAGAGGAAUUCAGACCUACUUAUGGGUACUUAAUGAAGACAGUGAGUAUGAUUUUGCCUUUAACAAGCUCAAGGUUGCUGGUGUCAUGACAGAUUAUCCCACACGACUCCGAGACUAUCUGUGCACUAGCAACACAAAUCCUGGGCAGCCUGUGCCAGCUGCUAGUGGAAGUGAAAGGAGUGAACUGAUUAAAAAGGAUUAAACAGAUUUGAGUUGAUCUUCAAACUAUAGUCGGACAUUUUCAAUGUAACUUUCACCCUCUCACUGCCAUGAUCUCAUUAGUAAAUUCUCCUUACUGUCUGCCAUACAAUUCUUGAUGUUAGUUUGGAGAAGUUAGUAUUGGAUCAUCUAAUAAUCCCUCAGUUGAUAUAUUUCUUCUUUCUCAUUAUUCAUCUGCUUGAUAUUGUAUUGAUAAUGUAAGGAGAAAUUCUGUCUUGAUCACUCAUGGCAGUUAAAAUGUUAUUUAUUGAUAGUCACUAGUUUGCUUAGAUGUUAAGCUAUGGUCAAACAAAAACUACAUUGGUAGGUGUAGUUUGACUUGAAGUUUUGAUCUGUUUAUUCAAUACAGAUGUAAAAUAGUAUAAAAUAAUGGUUAAGGUUGUUGGGUCAGCCUAGAGGGCUUGGAAAUUUCAUUCAACCAAGUUUAACAAUUAUUUAAAUAUACUUGUGUGAUUCCAACUAAAUGCAGACUUUGAGAAAAAUGCCACAAAUCAAAAAGGCCAUGUGGUUCAAAAUAAGUGACUAAACAAUAUUUUAUAGAAAUUUAGAAUAACUUCUUACUUACUGAGCACAAGAGCCAAACUGUACUGUAACAACUGAGGGCAAAUAUUGCCCAGUAUGGCCCAAGCAAGUGAGCUUACCGGGGUAUAGUUAGUAGUUUAUUUUAUGGCACUUCUACUAAAUGUUUUUAUUUUGAAUUUGCAAACUUUGGAAAACAAAAAUACAUGGCUCAUGACUGUUUCUGUGGGAACAAUCUGUAUGGCAAAAUCCAGACCAAGUAAGAACCAAUCAAAACACUCAGAUUUACCUCAAGACUACCUUCCCAUAUAAUAACAAAAAAUAUAAAGAAAAAUGAAAAAGAAAACAAUUGAGUCCACAGUGAGUGCCUGAAACAUAGACCUUCAGAUUUGUGGUCUGAAGAUCUCACUGAGUUACAAAGAGCUUGUUUUUGAGUUAGGCCAUGUACUGAACUUAUAUGUAACAAGUAUCCUGUAUACUCUUAAGAUUUGUUGUGUCAAGAGCAUCUAUCAAGUAGAGUAAAAAAAAUGUUUAAAGAAGCUAAUAAGCAUUUUUUUUUUUAAGUAGAACACAUCCUCUAGGAAUAAUUGGAAAACUCUCUAAGUAGAUUAUCAUUCACUCUAAAGAAUUUACUCCUAAGAACAUCUGUGUAACCAUACUGUAAUAAUUCAUGUGCUGAAAAUAUUGUAAACUACUAGCCUACAGUGAUUUUAUUUAAUAAAAGACAAAAUUAUUUUGUUAA